GGAGACCAGAUAUCAUCAUGUGGCAGUGUCGGACAAUCGGCCUUUUGGCCUUAAUACUCGCAACAUGUAUUCAAGCACAAGCGUCAUUAGCUGGUAGACUAAAUAGUCCAGAUGGAAUAGAAGAUAAAUUACCGCGUUUGAAGCGUUAUAGCGGAGGCUUCGCCUCCAGUAGCGCUAGCAGUUCGGCCAGCGCAAGCUCGUAUGGUGAUGGUAGCGGUUUCUCCAAAUCCAAUUCUCAAGCUAUCGGCAGUGCUUCAGCAGGUGCACAAUCCUCAGCUUUGACAAGUGGAGGAUACGGAGGCGGUGGACAUGGUGGUGAAUACGGUGGUGGUGGACACAGUGGUGGUGGACUCGGUAGUGGCGGUGGUCAUAGCGGACUCGGAGGAGGCAGUGGACACGCCGGUUAUGGGGGUGGCGGUGGACAUGGUGGCUUUGGCGGUGGCGAUGGCAGCCUAGGAGGUGGCAGUGGACACGGUGGCAGCUUAGGAGGUGGCAUUGGUGGUGGUUUCGGAGAUGGUAGCGGAGGUGGAUACGGAGGCGGUGGUCACGGAGGUGGACUCGGAAGUGGCGGCGGACAUGGCGGAAUUGGUGGUGGUCACGGAGGUGGAUUCGGAAGUGGCGGCGGACAUGGCGGAAUUGGUGGUGGUCACGGAGGUGGACUCGGAAGUGGCGGUGGACUCGGAGGUGGCCAUGAUGGCGGUGGAUUCGGAAGUGGACAUAGCGGCAGUGGUGGGUACGGAGGUGGCAGCCAUGGAGGUGGAGGACAUGGAGGCGGCGGCGGCGGAUAUGGAGGCAGCGGUGGAUACGGAGGUGGUAGCCAUGGAGGUGGAUAUGGACUUGGAGGCUAUGGUGGUGAUAGUCACGGUGAUGGAGAUGGAAUUGGCAAAGUUAGUGAAGGUGGUUAUGGUGGAGGUGGGUCUAGUGCCGGCAGCUACGGUGGAAGUAGUGCCAGUGCUGGCAGUUAUGGCGGAAGUAGUUCCGGAGGACAUGGUGGUGGUGGUCACGGAGGACUUGGUGAUAGUUCUGGUGGUGGUGGUGGUGGUGGGUAUGGCGGGGAUGGUAGUUACGGAGGUAGUGGUACCGGAGGUUACAGUGGAGGUGGAUAUGGCAACGAUGGUUUAGGAGCUGGUGAAUUAGGUGGACAUGGAGGAAUUGGCGGUGGUUCUGGCGGAUUAGGAGGUGGACAUGGAGGACUUGGCGGUGGUUCUGGCGGAUUAGGUGGUGGAUAUGGAGGAGGUUUAGGUGGACAUGGAGGAGGUUUAAGUGGUGGAUACGGUGGAGGACACGGAGGUGGAUUGGGAGGUGGACAUGGAGGUGGAUGUGCUAGUGGAGGAUGCGGGUCUAGUGGUGGUGGAUAUAGUAGUGCUAAUGCCCAAGCUAGUGCGAGCGCAACUGCCGGUGCUGGAAGUGGCGGAUAUGGAGGUCACGGAGGUCUUGGCGGUCAUGGACCGGGAGUGGAUCUAUUCUCCCGUAUUGGUGGCACUGAUGAUGGUGGUACCAGCAAGAGCGGUACUGUCGAAGGAGCCAAAGGAGUUUACAGCAGCAGCGCGUCUAACAUAGACAGUACCGGUAAAGGUACUUACUCCGUUAAAGCUGGUAAAAUUCCAGCGUAAAUCUCGCGUUUAACUUUCAUCUUAAUUUCGGAAAUUGUUGCUGUGCUAGAGAUCUUCCUUACGACUGAAGAUGCAUAGCUGUGAUUAUAAAUAUCUAUAUUUUUAACGUAGUACAAUUCAAGGUCUACGGUUUAUUUAUUUCCAAAUCCCAUUAAGCGUGAUGUGACGCUUAAAAUAAAUCCAUGAGAUUAUAUAACAUU